AUGCCUCGUCGUGCGCCCCGGGCAGAGAGCUUGCAAGAUGCAGACUAUCUGCCCGACGCCGCCUCGCUGCCCGCCUUGUCUGAUCAUGGCAACAAUGGCCUCGUCGCUGGCCCACCCUCGCUGCCCCCAAAUACCGACAACAUCACCAUCAAGAAUCACUUCCCCGUCGCCAGGAUAAAGCGCAUCAUGCAGGCCGACGACGACGUUGGCAAAGUGGCACAAGUCACUCCAGUCGUAGUCUCAAAAGCGCUAGAGCUCUUUAUGAUCUCUCUCGUCACCCGCGCCGCCGCCGAGGCCAAGUCGCGCAACUCGAAACGCGUCGGCGCCAUCCACCUCAAGCAAGCCAUUAUGAAGAAUGAACAAUUCGACUUUCUCAACGACAUCGUCUCCAAGGUCGCCGACGCGCCCGACAGGAGCGAGGGUGACAGCAUGGAUGCGGACGGAAAGAAGAAAAAGGUGUCGAGUAGGAGGAGGAAGAAGGCUGAGAGUGAUGAUGAGUUUUGA